AUGCUCGAUGCCGACUUCGACUCCCAUAUGAAGCAGUCGCGCGCCGCCCGGAGGAAGAAGAAGACCGCAGUCCAGCGCGCUAUCGGCGACAUGUUGUUUGACACGCCUGCUGAACCGGCCCCACAUCCCAUUCUGCAAGCGGACUCUCCUCGGGACGACUAUGCUGCUCCGCCCCCGUCGCUCACCAAGCCUGCCGUAGAGCCUGUCAUACAGGUAGAGCCCAACCCGGUCCAGACGGCUUACCUCGAGGACUCACUCGACGCUGACAUGCUCGUCGCUGCUGCCGACGCGGCCGUCAAACAGCGCAUGGCCGCCCCGAAGCCCCCCGUUGCGCCUAAACGCGUGCCAGCCGCCACUUUCGCAGAGAGGUCUGCGGCUCGCAUUGCGUCGGCUGUUGCGCCCGCUCCUGUUGCGCCGAACGCCCCGCUCGCGCGGGGACCAGACGGCGAGGUCAUCAUGUUCUGGACGGAUGCCCAUGAGAUGCGUGUCAACGGCGGCCAGCACCUGUACAUGUUUGGGAAGGUACCUGUCGGGACCCUGGACAGUGGCGUCUACGCGAGCGUCUGCGUCCAAGUGCAGGGUAUGGAACGGAAGCUGUAUGUGCUCCCGAGGAUGCACAAAGUGGAUGCGCGCGGUCGACCUACGAAGGAGCCGGUCAAGAUUGUCCCGGAUGUGCAUGCAGAGAUUAGCGCCAUAUUGCUCGGGAAGAGCUCAGGCGAUGGCAAAGGGUUUGCAGCGAGGCGGUCUGGAUCCAAUCUGCCGUCCACUAUCAUGGCGAAAAAGGUCAUGCGAUCAUGUCCGUUCGGCGAUACGCACGCUCCGCGAGAAGCUACAGAGUAUCUCAAAGUCAAGAUUCCAUUUUCAAAUACGAGCAACUUGUUCCCUGAGUCGUCUGGGAAGACAUUUAGCCGCGUGUAUGGAACGAAGACGUCCGCUUCGGAGGACCUAUGCAUGAAAAGAAGACUGCGAGGCCCUGGUUGGGUUCGUCUCACCAACGCCACUCCAAUGCAGUCCAAGGUAUCGCAUGCCAAGUGCUCGUUGACUAUACCUUCGCCGAUGGACGUGACUGUUGCCAACGACAUGUCAGACAAGGAUCCGCCUCCAGUUUCAGCGCUGUGCCUUAAUGCCAAGACAACGCUCAACCCGAAGACUGGAGCUCAUGAAAUAGUCAUGCUCGCUGGCGUAUUUGUAAGGGGAGUCCCGCUUAGUGGCCCUCUGCCGGAAAACGCUCUUGAGCCUGACGGCCCGACCGGAACUCGGGACUUUAUUCUUGUACGGGCUCCUGACGGCCAGAGUGUUCCAUUUGGCUUUUCGGACCGGGCAAGAUCAGUGUUGGCGCGCGGUGGUGGAGUGGAAGUCGCCCCGAACGAAUCAGUCUUAUUGAACAGUUUCUUGUCAAAGCUACUCCGCCUAGACCCGGAUGUCCUUUUGGGUCAUGACCUCAUGGGCUUUGGUUUAGACGUUUUAAUUGCCCGCAUGAAUGUCAGGCGGUCAAGAGAAUGGAGUCGCCUUGGCCGUCUUGUGCAACGCCGUGACCUCAGCCAUGUUGUCAAAAACAACAGCAGUUCGUCGUGGUUCAAGUCCGAGGCCGUCGCGGGAAGGCUUGUGGUGGACACUUACUCGUACGCAAAGGAGCUUCUCACUCGAGAGAAGGACUACUCAUUGUCAGCGCUGUCUCGGAAUGUCCUGGGUGGGCACUUAUUGGGCGGGACAUCCGGGCAUCUUCCCCCUACCACUGACGUUUCCAAGGUUCCGGCGGCUUUCGACUCUACAGACUCUCUUUGCAACCUUGUUUUCGAGUGCUCUCUGGAAGCCCGAACAGCUGGCCGGUUGGCUGCACAUCUGUCUGUUCUUCCACUCAGUCGCCAGCUCACAUGCAUCAGUGGAAACCUUUGGUCGCACACACUGCGAGGAGCACGCGCCGAGAGGAUCGAAUAUUUAUUGUGCCAUGAAUUCAAGCUCAUCGGGGCGAAGAAUACAGGAACAUCCGGAAAGGCCGGGGACAUAGGGUCGAAACUGCUCCUCCCAGACAAGCUCACUAAAGCCGAAAGAGUAAGGCUUGGCAAGCAGUUCGAAGAAGAGCAGAAUGCCAAUGCUCCUAGGCCACCGCCAGGUGGAGCAGAGGCUGAAAUUGACGGCGCCGAGGGUGCAACCCCAAAGGCGAGUGCGAAGUCGGCAAAGAGCAAAAGUGCUCGACGGAAGCCCCAAUACUCCGGAGGUCUUGUGCUCGAGCCGAAAAAAGGGUUCUAUGACCGCUACACACUGCAGCUGGAUUUCAACUCUCUGUAUCCUUCCAUUAUCCAAGAGUUCAACAUCUGUUUUACGACUCUAGACUUGGCAAAACACAAGGAGAAGUCGGCAUCCGAAUUAGAAGCGCCCUUUGCGCAAGGAUCCCCGGACGAAGGGGUGAGUGGUGCUGAUGGGUCGGCAAUGAUGAACCUCCCAAACAAAAGUCUCUUGGAGGGUGUGCUUCCUCGAGUUCUACGGCGGCUCGUAGAGCAACGACGCCAAGUGAAGAAGCUUUUGAAGGAAGAACGCCUCAAAGCUGGAAAGGAAACGCUUCGAGCUCAGCAGCUUGAUAUUCGGCAGUUGGCGAUAAAGUUGACAGCCAACUCACUCUAUGGAUGCCUUGGUUUCGAGGGCAGUCGAUUUUUCGCUCGCCCACUGGCAGAAAUGGUUACAUGCCAAGGUCGUGACACUCUGCAGAAAACUGUCGACCUCGCUCGGGAUUCUUUCAACGCUCAAGUCAUCUACGGUGACACAGAUUCUCUUUUCGUAUAUACAGGCCUUGAUGACAUCAACCGAGUGAGGAAGCUAGGAACAGAGCUGAAGCGAGAAGUCAACAAGAAGUAUCGCACUUUGGAGAUUGAAAUCGAUGCUAUCUACAAGAAAAUGCUGCUUUUGAAGAAGAAAAAGUACGCAGCCCUAAAAGUUGUCGAUCCCAACAACCCGGACAAGGUCGUGCGAGAAGUCAAGGGUUUGGACUUGGUCCGACACGAUUGGUGCGAUCUUUCCCACGACGCCUCGGAACACUUCCUGCAGCAGAUAUUCCAAAUUCAGGCAGCCGACAUCGAUGACGCAGUUGGGAAUAUCGUUACCUUCCUUGGUGAGCUCGCCAAGAGGGUGAACAACAACGAAAUAUCUCUCUCCAAAUAUGUCAUCACGAGAUGUUUGACGAAGCGCCCUCAGGACUACCCGGAAGGUGGAGGGUUGCCACAUGUCACUGUAGCAAUUCGCUUGAUCAAUGAGCACAAGAAGCGCAUCAAGCCGGGGGACUAUAUCAAAUAUGUCGUUUGUCUUAAUGCCGCUGAUGGCGAGCAGUCAUCGAGUGGGAGCAAGUCAGUUGCGCAACGAGCUUAUCAUCCGGACGAAGUCAUCGCAUCCGAGGGCAAGCUCGUUAUCGACCUGAAGUACUAUCUUGAGAACCAGGUUCUUCCUCCCAUUAUGCGACUAUGUGACCCCAUCGAGAGUAUCGAGGCCAGCCGUAUUGCAGUCUCUCUUGGCCUGGACGGGCGGCGUUAUGAGCGAAAGACCUAUGACAUGGACAGUGGGAAUUACCUUGCCCUUGGUCCACAAUCAGCUGCUGAGAAGUUCCAGGAUGUUGACCCGCUAAUGGCAUGUUGCGUAAACUGCGGUGCGCAGAGUGAGUUCCAGGGCGUUUUGUUCAAGUCCUCCGGGAAGGCGAUCCAGACAGCGGGCUUGGACUGCUGCAAGUGCAACCGGCGAUUCUCCUCAGCGACGCUCGCCAACAUCAUAACCCUUGCUCUACGCACUUGGACCAGCAAGUACUACACUUCCGCACUACAACUGAACGGGGACGACGGUAGUCGUAAGCGCGAAACGCGCAACAUCGCACUUGGCGGCAACGGGGCCCUGGCUAGACGCAAGUUCGAUGAAGCGUGGUUGUACAAGCAGCUGCGAUAUUUGCGGUUCCUUGUGGACGUCCCCGGUCGGUGGGCUCUUAUACCGGGGCAUGAGGAGAUGAAAAUCCCUGUGAAUCGAGCAGACUUAUCGAUGUACGAGGAAUUGCUGGAACGAGUAGAUAGAACGUUCGAUGCGAACGCGUACCGGUUUGUCGACCUGGCUUUGUUCCUUGCGCCGUUGGGCAUCUCCUGAUUGCAUAGUGCAUGACGGGAGGUUGUAAAGUGUUCCUGUUUUGUUUUCAG